AUGAGCUCGUCCCACAAGUCCGCAGUCAUGGCGGCCGACGAUGACGACGAAUGGCAGUCCAUGCCGGUUGAGUCCGCCGAGGAUAAGAGGGCCUCCAUACCCAUCCAGGCCUACUCCAACCCAUACGAUUUGCCCUACGGCGACGAAGAGGAAGACGAUUCGGAUCCAGACGACCCGCGCAGGUUUCGCUCGCUCCCUUCUCGCUCCUCCGCACGCAACCAGCCCAACCGCACCGCCAGCGCCCAGCUUCACAAGCGUUCCAACGCAAAGUCGCAGUACCUCACCGACCCUGGCAAGUCGGCCAUCAGCUCCACAUCUGCGCGCUCGCACAACACCGCCACCAACGCCACGGGAAAGCACCUCGACAUCGACGAUGCCAGGGGCUACGAUUGGCGCUCUAAACCGGCGAGCAAAGAUAACGCCGACGACGACGACGACAGCGAUGGCGAGAAGGGCUAUACCCAGCUCCGUCUGGACGAAGACGAAGAAGCCGAACAGCUCCAUGCCGCCACAGAGUAUCUCUUCCAGGACGGCAGCCGGCACGAUCCAUACGGAGACAACACCUCCGCAACCCCCCUCAACCAGAUGAAGACCACCAAGCAGCUCCUCUCCGAAGGUCAGAAGAUCGCAUACGUUGGUCUCUGCAGCUUGAUAGCUUCUGAAAUGGUCCGACAGCUCCGAAGAGUCCCGGGCAAGAACCUCGAUGCGGCAAAGCAGAGCAUCGAAGCCUGGAAAGUCAAGGUCGUCGCUCGCCUAUACCAGCACAUGGACAUCGAGAGCUCAGAGCAGCGCAUGAUCGAAUCCUUGGCAGAACACGGCGUCCUCGCUACCGACCUCGCUCCAUCCCUCAUCACCACCCAAACCAUCGACAAUCCUGACUUCGACCCAGAAGCCCUCAGGGAGCUGCAGGAGGAGCAGGAGCUCGAGGCGCAGCAACAGCGUCAAGCCGAACAACAGAAGGCGCCAUCGCAAUCCACUUCCGCCGAUCAGUCCCCGAAGCCGCAGACAACUUCAAGCCCACCUGCCGAGCCCUCUGCUACGCCCAGUGAUCAGGAUGAUCUCGACGAAGCCUUCGACGGCGCAGACGACGGCGACAUUGGCUCUGCUCUGCAGGAGAAGCCGAGACCGAAGACCGAAGCUGUCAAAGGAGACGGAUCCCAGUCCGACCAAAGCGGUCCGUCCAAAGCGCGUACCAGACGCAACGCCGCACAAGACGAUGACGAAGUCGACAUCGGCAUGCAGCAAGAUGCACCGGCUGACGCAGAAGAAGGCGCCGACAUCGCCUCUACCAAUGAGGCCUCAUCUGCAUCUGCAAUCUCCCGACCGACUUCGAUGGUCUCGACUACCACCGUCGUCGCCGAUCCAAACACCGCCUCGCAGCUCGCGAAUGCCGUCGAUGCGACCGAAGCCACAGUAGCGCCGACAGAUGCCGAAGUCGGGCCUGGCUCAGUCACCACCACGCUCGGCCUCACCAAAGAGCCGCAAGCCGUGCAGCCACCGCCAGGUGCGCUGAAUGGUGUCACCACCAGCAUCAGCAGCGCCGAUGCCACCAUCACCCUCGAUCUGCGCUGGACCGUACUUUGCGACCUUUUCCUCGUGCUCACCGCCGACAGCGUCUACGAUGCGCGCUCGCGUGUGCUGCUCGAGCGCGUCGCCUCCGAGCUCGGCCUCACCUGGAUGGACGUGACGCAGUUCGAAAAGCGCAUCACCGACGCGCUCGAGAUCGAGGAAGGCGUCGAAAGUCUCAGCGAUCCUUCGGCCGUCACCCAGCGCAUGCUCAUGGCUCGCAAGAAGCGCAUGGUCAUGAUGGGCCUCGCCACCGUCGGUGGUGGCCUCGUCAUCGGCCUUUCGGCCGGCCUGCUUGCUCCCGUCAUCGGUGCAGGUAUGGGUGCGGCGCUCGGAGCCGUCGGGAUCAGUGGCACGAGCGGAUUCUUGGGCGGCGUGGGCGGAGCUGCUCUCAUCACAUCCACCGGAACCGUGGGUGGCAUGAGCCUCGCCGGCCGCGGCAUGAGCCGCCGCACACGAAGCGUCAAGACGUUCGAGUUCAAGCCGAUUCACAACAACAAGCGCGUCAACGCGAUCAUCACCGUGCCCGGCUUCAUGAGCGGCCCGCUGGACGACGUGCGGCUGCCGUUCAGCGUCAUCGACAGCGUCAUGGGCGAUCUGUUCAGUGUAUUUUGGGAGCCGGACAUGAUGCAGGAGAUGGGUAAUGCUCUCGGCUUACUAUGGAACGAGACCAUCGUUCAGGGCGUUCAGCAGGCGCUCGCCUUGACCGUGGCCGGCGCCAGUGCCAUGUUUACUGCGCUCGCCUGGCCUCUCUGGCUCACCAAGCUCGGAUAUCUGAUCGACAAUCCGUGGUCCAAUGCGCUCGAUCGUGCUCAAGCGGCCGGACUCAUCCUCGCAGACACUCUUUCGAAACGUCAACUCGGUGUUCGUCCCAUCACGCUGGUCGGGUACAGUCUGGGCGCGCGAGUCAUCUUCUACGCGCUGGUGGAGCUCAGCCGGAUGAAGGCGUACGGAAUCGUGCAGAACGUGUACAUUAUGGGCGCCCCCGUGACGGCCAAGGACGAGACGUGGAAGGAGGCAAGGAGCAUCGUGUCUGGCCGAUUUGUCAGCGCGUUUUCGCGCACCGACUGGAUCUUGGGCUAUCUGCAUCGUGCGGCGUCUGGCGGACUGCGCAGCAUUGCAGGUCUGCAUCCGGUGGAGCGCGUGCAGGACAUUGAGAACGUCGAUGUCACACACGUGGUGCCUGGCCAUCUGGGCUAUCGGCCGCUCAUGCCGCUGGUUCUGAGCGAGCUCGGCUUCCGCACGACGGCCGACUACUUUGACGAGCCAGAGGAUCUCAACGCGAUUCCCGAACGGCAGGUGGUGCAGGAAGCAGCGGCCGAGAAGGUGGAGCUCAAGACGGUGACGACCAAGACCGGAGGAUUCGGCAGGAUCUUCAGGCGUAAGGAUUCGAGCCAGGCGGGCAGCCAGAGCGCGACGCCUGUGCGCUCGCAGUCGGCGGCAGGAUCUGCCACAGGUGCCACCGCCACAGCUGGGCACGCGGAAUACGACGAGUACGACGACGACGACGACGACCUGCCGCCACGGAUGGAGUCGACGCCGCCAGCAGCCGAAGCGGCGAAUGCGGUGACGGAAGCCAAGCAGACGCAGGAGCAGAUUGUCAAGCAGUCGAUCGCGCGCGUUGAGGCGGUGCGAUCGUCGCACAACGAGGCUGAGCGCGCGGUGACACCGGAGGCGGAUCGUCCGAGCUCGCUGAGUGCGCACUUUGACACGGAGGCAAUCCUGCGCGAGCUGCGCGAGUCUGGCAUCGAAGUCAAGGAGCUCGAGAGCUCGCUGCCGCCGCUACCACUCGCGAACGCAACGCAGGCUUCCAAGGGCAGCGGAUUGGCAGAGCGCGCGGACGCCGGGGCUUCGGCAUCGGGGGACAGCGUGCUUGGUGGGCGGUCUGAAGCGGUGGCGGCGCCUCCGAAUGGAGGUGUGUCGCUCACGUUUGCGUCGUACGAUGACGAUAUUCAGCUAGCAUCGAGCCCUGUUCAGGCCGAAUCGGCAGGGCCAGACGUGACGGGCAAGUACGGCCUGUCUUGUUCGGCAGCGCAGGAUCUGGAGACGCGCUUCAAGAGCGGCGGGGAUGCGUCGGCGUUUUCAGGGCGCACGUCGGCAGUGGGGGAGGAUGGGUGGGGGCGUGGCGAAGAGUGGGGGCUGGCGCGGCCGGAUACGUCGUACGACAUGUCGAUGGGCACAAAGAGCGCCACGCACUCUCUUCCGACGAGCUCAAGCAUGGGCUUUGGCGAAGCGCUGACGCCCGGUGAGAGGUCGUUGGAUGCCUUGACGCCGCCGAGCGCGGCGGUGGGCCGAGGAUUCGACUUUAGCAGCGCGUUGGGCAAGGCAUCGGGGAGCAGCACGGCAGAUCUGUCGGCCAAGGCGUCGCCGUCGAGCGAGCGCGCCCCGCGACGUGCGGGUGAUGCGACGCUGGGAAGUGAACCCGAUCCGUGGGCGGACAACCCGUGGUAG